CUUUUCUCUCUUACUACUUGCUUUGCCGUAGCAGGCAAACAUGAAAGGCAAUCAGAUGUUCUUCACCGUUUUUUCAAGGAAAAGUUGCAGAACAAAGCCGGGAUCAACACCGAACCAAUUUAUGUAGAGAAUGAUAUCUUUAAUAAUAUUCAUGUGGAACCUCAAGAAUGCUUGAAGGAACAAGAUAAGAUUGAAAAGCUUCCGGGACAGCCUUUCGUUAACUUCUCUCAAUAUGGAGGUUAUGUCAUUACAGACAAAUCGGCUGGUCGAGCACUUUACUACUACUUUGCUGAGGCUCUUGAAAGCAAAGAAAAACCUCUCCUUCUUUGGCUUAAUGGAGGUCCAGGUUGUUCUUCUCUUGCAUAUGGAGCAAUGGUGGAGCUUGGUCCCUUUAGGGUGUACAGUGAUGGCAAAACACUUUAUAAGAAUCCAUAUGCAUGGAAUAGAGUGGCCAAUGUUCUGUUCUUGGAGUCUCCGGCCGGUGUAGGUUUUUCAUAUUCGAACACGACAUCCGAUUACGCAAACAGCGGAGACCGGAGCACCGCGAUCGAUAAUUAUGUUUUCUUACUUAAUUGGUUAGAAAGGUUUCCAGAGUACAAGACUAGGGAGUUCUAUAUAUCAGGAGAGAGUUAUGCUGGUCAUUAUGUACCCCAACUUGCACAUCUUAUUAUCCAAGGGAACAAGAUUGCCAAUAAAACUAUCAUCAAUCUCAAAGGGAUAAUUAUUGGAAAUGCUGUGAUUCAUGAUGAAACAGACCUAAUAGGAAUGUAUGAAUACUAUUGGACCCAUUCUCUCACUUCUGAUGAAGCUUAUUAUUUAAUGAAGAGAUACUGUGAUUUCUCCCCAAAUGCAACUUCACAAAGUAGCCAGUGCUUAAAGGGUUCUAAUGAAGUUGAAGUAGAUAUCUUAGGCCUUGAUAUCUACAACAUCUAUGCUCCAUUGUGUUAUACUACCAAUCUCACAGACCUCCCCAAGGAGGCAUCGAUCAAGAAUUUCGAUCCUUGCAGUGAUAAUUAUGUACAUGCUUAUUUGAACCAUCCUGAUGUUCAAGAAGCUCUACAUGCCAAUGUCACCAAACUUAGCCAUGAUUGGGAACCUUGCAGUAAUUUAAUCACCAAUUGGACGGAUAGCGCAACAACGGUUCUUCCUCUAUUGAAGGAGGCCAUGGCCAAUGCAGUACGAGUUUGGGUGUUCAGUGGUGAUAUGGAUGGAAGGGUUCCAGUGACUUCAACUAGGUUAUCUCUUAAUAAGCUUAGACUUCCAGUUAACACUUCAUGGUAUCCUUGGUUUGUAAAUGAUGAGGUUGGAGGGUACACUUUCGUAUACAAGGGUGACCUAACAUUUGCUACAGUGAGAGGAGCAGGUCAUCAAGUCCCAAGUUACCAACCAGUGAAGGGACUUGCACUUAUCCAGCAUUUCCUUAGUGGGAAGAACCUCCCUGAUGGUUCAUGAAACCUGGAGAAAGACCAUGAA